UACUAUGUUUUUGUAGCAGCCUCUAUGCAACAACAAAGGAAUUUUGUGUACAGUAUAUUGAGCCUGCAAGGAAUUUUUUCAAGAAUUUCAAUCAACCACAUAGAUUGGUAUUUCUCAGUUGCUUAAUGGUCACGCUUUUUGAAGAGCAGACAUGAACUUGCAUGCACGACGAGUGACAUUGCCUGCAAUCACUCCACUUGUACUGCAGAAACGGGUAAUUAAAGUAUUUAAUGAAGAUGGCACCAGUCAGACAUUGGAGGUGCCAAGUGACAUCAUAGCUCGUGAUGUGUGUCAGUUGUUUCUCAAGAAUAAUCACUGUGUCAAUGACAAUACCUGGACACUCAUUGAGUACCUUCCUUGUCUUGACAUGGAAAGAGUUGUAGAAGAUCAUGAAUCGGUGAUUCAGUUCCAAUCAACGUGGGGGAUGGACACUGACAGCAGACUAUAUUUCAGAAAACAUUCUGCAAAAUAUGAAUUCUUUAAAAGCCCUUCAUAUUUUCCAGAGCACAUGGUGUCCAGCUGCAGUGAAUCAAAUGGAAGCUUAAGUCACUCUCAGUUAAUACAGAAUUUCUUGAAUUCAAGCACAUACCCUGAGGUUCAUGGUUACCUUCAUGCCAGAGAACAAGGCAAAAAGACAUGGAAGAAAUGUUACUUUGUUUUGAGAAGAUCUGGGUUAUACUUUUCUACAAAAGGAACUUCUAAGGAACCAAGACAUUUACAGUUUAUGGCUGAGUUUAGUGAAAGCAACGUUUACAUGCUGUUAUCAGCAAGAAAGAUGUAUGGAGCACCAACAAAUUUUGGAUUCUGCAUCAAGCUUCACAAAUCAGGAGGUACCAGAGACUUGAAGUUACUUUGUGCAGAAGAUGAACAGAGUAAGAUGUGUUGGGUGACAGUGAUUCGACUUUUUAAGUCUCUUGUUUUGCAGUAUGGAAUGCAGCUGUACCAAAACUAUAAAAUCCCACAGCAAAGGAGAGAGAGUCUUACUUCCCUGAAUUCAUCACCAAUGAGAAGCGUCUCAGAAAACUCUCUGGUAGCCAUGGAUUUCUCUGGACACAAAGGAAGAGUAAUUGAAAACCCUAUGGAGGCACUUACAGUAGCUACUGAGGAGGGGUUGGCAUGGCGGAGGAGAAGCUGUCAUCGUUUGAACGCAUAUGGAAGUCCAACCACAUCGCAGAGCACUACAUCAUGUCAAGCCAUUCAUAGGAUGCAGCUAUGGUUUCAUCACCGACUCUCCAGAGAUGAAGCUCAAAAACUAUUAGAACAACAAGGCCUUGUAGAUGGGAUGUUUUUACUACGGGACAGUCAAAGUAACCAGAAAAGUUUUGUUUUGUCACUAUGCCAUUGUCAGAAGAUAAGGCAUUUUCAGAUUGUACCGCUAGAAGAAGACGGAGAAUCAUACUAUUCCCUGGAUGAGGGUCACACCAAAUUUACUGAUCUUAUCCAGCUUGUGGAUUUUUAUCAACUCAACAAGGGUAUGCUGCCAUGCAAACUGAAACACCACUGUGCUCGAAUUACACUUUAAUCUCUGAAGCCAUCAGCUCAUCUGGAAUUUGUGAAUAACAAAUAUGGUGUGGGCUCAAGAUAAACAGACCAAAACUCUGCAAGGGUACUUGUUAAUGUCUAUUGUGUCUGAAAGCAAGUAGAAACUGAGUGGAAUCAGAUUGUUAACUUCAUUCAAGUCAGAACCUGUGGUUGAUUUCAUCUGAUUUGUACUUGAGGAUCACUUUUUCUGUUAAAGACCAGAUUAUCAGAACAAAAUGAAUAAAUGAGUAUAAGCCAUAAUGCUCAAGGGAAGCAAUCACGAGAAAACAGUACAUUGAAAUGGCUUAUCAUUCAUUGCAUACCAUGAAUAUUAAAGCACAACAUUUGUCAAAAGAUUGAUUCAUCAAAUGAAGAAAAUGAACGUUAGGAUCAUUAGCAAAACAACCUCAAUUGCUUCUUUCAAAGUUACCAAAUAUGCAGAUUCAGACAAAUGCCAUUUUGUUUAGAAGUUGAGAACUGAGCUUUGAAUUAACUUUUGGUGGAUAUUGUGUGUGAAGGAAAUGAUUGCAGUGGAUUUGUAUAUACAGACUCGCUUUGCACAAUAUAAUUUUAAAUAUCAAACAUUCUUAAAAUGUGUUGAGUCACUUAAUGAUUGUCUUUGUUUCCUUAAAUAUAUUACAAACAAUCACCUAAAUUGGGUUACUGAAUACUUCUGCAUUGUACGAAAUACGUUGACAGCAAAUGUAUUGUAGCAAUGAAAUUGACAUUUUUCACAGCGACUGUAUAAUUACUUGAUCAUUUCCUUGUGAAUCUCUCAUCUAAAUUUUCAUGGUUGAUUGUAAGAAGAGACUUUGCUACAAACAAAGUUUUUUUGGAGAUAGAUCCACAUGUUAUGACCAAUGUAGGUUAUAAAUCUAUUCCAUGAAUUAAGUCUGAUGAGAACU